UCUUUGAGUACAGUUUUGUGAGGUUUCUGUGCUGUAACUGUGUCUUACAAGUAUACAACAAUGUCUGGACGCGGCAAGCAGGGCGGCAAGGCUCGCGCCAAGGCCAAGACCCGAUCCUCCCGCGCCGGCCUACAGUUUCCCGUGGGCCGCGUGCACCGGCUGCUCCGCAAGGGCAACUACUCGGAGCGCGUGGGCGCCGGCGCCCCGGUGUACCUGGCGGCCGUGCUGGAGUACCUGACGGCCGAGAUCCUGGAGCUGGCGGGCAACGCGGCCCGCGACAACAAGAAGACUCGCAUCAUCCCGCGCCACUUGCAGCUGGCCAUCCGCAACGACGAGGAGCUCAACAAGCUGCUGGGCCGCGUCACCAUCGCGCAGGGUGGUGUCCUGCCCAACAUCCAGGCCGUGCUGCUGCCCAAGAAGACCGAGAGCCACCACAAGGCGAAGGGGAAGUGAGAUUAGUCUUCCAGUGAUCCUGAAUAUAGCAACAAAGGCUCUUUUCAGAGCCAUCCA